UGCUAGGCAACCGGUCAACUGUGCAGUUCCCCGCAGUUUGAGGAGCUCUGGAGCCGGGGGAUUGGCUUGGAGCGGCAGGAGGAGCUGACCCAGGAUAAGGGGCAGGCGCCAGGAGGUCGUCCACGCUUGAAGAGAGUGGAGAGAGGAGGGGAGAGACCCCGAGGGUAAAAACCACCAGCAGUGCAAGAACUCCUGUCACCAUGGAGAUUGUGUACGUGUACCUUAAGAAGCGCAGUGAGUUUGGGAAGCAGUGUAACUUCUCGGACCGCCCGGCUGACCUGAACGUUGACAUCCCCCCCAACCCGGAGCUGGCCGCGCAGUUCGUGGAGCGGAACCCGGUGGACACCGGCAUCCAGUGCUCAGUGAGCAUGUCAGAACAUGAGGCCAACACAGAGCGGUUCGAGAUGGAGACCCGGGGUGUUAACCACGUGGAAGGGGGCUGGCCCAAAGACGUGAACCCCCUGGAGCUGGAGCAGACAAUCCGCUUCCGGAAGAAAGUGGAGAAGGACGAGAACUACAUCAAUGCCAUCAUGCAGCUUGGCUUUAUCAUGGAGCACUGCAUCAAGCAGAACAAUGCCAUAGACAUCUACCAGGAGUAUUUCGAUGAUGAGGAAGAAGUGGAGGUGACCGAGGAGGCCUCUUCAGCUAAAACCAUCAAUGUUUUCAGGGAUCCCCAGGAAAUCAAACGGACGGCCACACACCUCUCCUGGCACCCUGAUGGCAACCGGAAGUUGGCAGUGGCAUAUUCUUGCUUGGAUUUUCAGCGGGCACCAGUGGGCAUGAGCCAUGAGUCAUACAUCUGGGACCUGGAAAACCCCAACAGGCCUGAAAUGGCCCUGAAGCCAUCUUCUCCACUGGUGACCUUGGAGUAUAACCCCAAAGAUUCACACGUGCUCCUGGGGGGCUGCUACAAUGGACAGAUAGCCUGCUGGGACACCCGGAAGGGCAGCCUGGUGGCAGAGCUGUCCACCAUUGAGUUCAGCCAUCGAGACCCCGUGUAUGGCUCCAUCUGGCUGCAGUCAAAGACGGGCACUGAGUGCUUCUCAGCAUCCACGGAUGGGCAGGUCAUGUGGUGGGACAUCCGCAAGAUCAAUGAGCCCACCGAGGUGGUAAUCCUGGACAUCACCAAGAAGGAACAGCUGGAAAAUGCCUUAGGGGCUAUCUCCCUGGAGUUUGAGGCUACCUUGCCAACCAAGUUCAUGGUGGGUACCGAGCAGGGCAUCGUCGUCUCCUGCAACCGCAAGGCCAAGACACAGGCCGAGAAGAUUGUGUGCACUUUCUCGGGCCACCAUGGCCCCAUCUACGCCCUCCAGAGAAACCCGUUCUACCCGAAGAACUUCCUGACAGUUGGGGACUGGACAGCCCGAAUCUGGUCUGAAGACAGCCGGGAGUCAUCCAUCAUGUGGACCAAGUACCACAUGGCUUAUCUCACGGAUGGUGCCUGGAGCCCCGUGCGGCCCGCGGUGUUCUUCACCACCAAGAUGGACGGGACUCUGGACAUCUGGGACUUUGUGUUCAAGCAUUCUGACCCUGCCCUCAGCCUGAAGGUGUGUGACGACCCUCUCUUCUGCCUCCGGGUGCAGGACAACGGCUGUCUCAUUGCUUGUGGCUCCCAGCAGGGGACGACUACCCUGCUGGAAGUCUCUAGUGGACUUUCCACCCUCCAGAGGAAUGAGAAGAACAUAGCUUCUUCCCUAUUUGAGCGGGAGACCCGGCGGGAAAAGAUUCUGGAGGCCAGGCAGAAGGAGAUGCGGCUGAAGGAGAAGGGCAAGGCGGAGGGCAAGGACGACGACCAGAGGGACGAGGAGCUGGCCACAAACCUGGAAGAGAUGGUUGCCAAUGCUGAGAAGGAGUUCUUCGACAUCGUCUUCGCAGAGCUGAAGAAGAGGGAGGCAGAGGCCAUGCAGAAGAAGGCAAAACCUCAAAAGAAACAAAGCUCGGAGACAGAUGAGGAGGUGGAAGGAGACGACGCCGGGGAAGGGGAAGAAGAAGGGGGCGAUGAAGAGAAGUCAGCCUAGGUUGGCCUCGGCUGCAGCGCCGUCCCUGUGUGUCCUUCCUGUGCCUUCCUGGUACUGCCCUGGUCUCACCUUACAAGUGGGGAGCUGAGCUUUCCCUCAAAGCAUGAUUGUGGGGGUCACAUCCGGGCACUGACCACCCCCACCCUACAAAUCACUGGUCCACGCUGGAGCCUGGUCCUGUGUAACCCCUCAUAGAAGGAAAAGUGGCAGGGCUGGUCCCUGCACUGGCACCACAAGAGGCCCACUCCACGGAAGGCCAUGCAGCCUUCAGUUCUGAUCCUAGCUGUCCCCUUGGCUUCCGCUUCUCAUGGCCUCCAAGCCAGCUCUUUCCGUGGAAGCUCACAACCUUAGCCUAGGCUCGGGGGCACACAGGCCCCGGGAAUCCCGGAAGAGGGGAAAGGGUUUUUCUCCUCCCUUCCCACCCGCCUCAUCCACCUCGAAAUCGGGAACAGCAAGUCUGUCCCGAGUGCCUUUCUAUGCAGCCGCAGCAGAGGCCUCAGAGCCUGUGCAAACCCCUGCCCCGAGGGCCUGGGAGGGGAGAGCGCACACCCACAUGCUUUCCCAUUUCUUCCCUCUGGUACCAUUAAAUUAAUAACAACAAUGCCGGCAGUUAGUGCUAGGCAUGCACCUGGGCUAAGAGCUUUUCGUGUGAUCUCCUUCAUGUCACCCUCUCACAAAGUCGCUGGAAGCUUCGUGCUCUUACAGUCCAUAUUCUACAGAGGAGGAUAAGAAGAUCAGGAGAGCUGGUGACGGGCAGGGCAGGGGCGGGAGCCCACACAGCUCACUUCCUGUCCCGCACAGCAGUGGACUGUGGCCCCUGGGAGAGCGGGAGCUGUACAGGACCCCCAGGGUCUCCAGGGUGGGCAGUGGGCUAGGCUGCCACUUCACAAGGUGCCUUGAAGCCAUAGCUCAACGGAACAGUUCAGAGGAUUGAGGGCCCCUUGGAACCAACUUUGAGCCAGAAAUCCCCAGCUGUCAUUGAUUGUGUGCCUGUUGCGUGAUCCAAAGCUCCCUUUAAAAAACUUCGUUAGCUGGGGAUGGCGGUACAUGUCU